AUGGCAAAAGAAAAUUGUACCAUGAAAAAUGAGUUCUUCCUGACAGGAUUUACAGAUCACACAGAGAAAAAUAUUCUUCUGUUUGUGGUAUUCUUUGCUAUCUAUCUGAUUACCAUGGUGGGGAAUGUCGGUUUAAUGGCCUUAAUUUUUACACAACAUCUUCUACACACACCAAUGUAUAUUUUUCUGGGCAACCUGGCUCUUGUGGACUCCUGCUGUGCCUGCACUAUUAUUCCUAAAAUGUUAGAGAACUUCUUUUCUGAGGACAAAAUUAUAUCCCUUUAUGAAUGUAUGGUACAAUUUUAUUUUCUCUGCACUGUUGAAACUGCAGACUGCUUUCUUUUGGCCGCGAUGGCCUAUGACCGCUAUGUGGCCAUAUGCAGACCACUGCAGUACCACACCAAGAUGUCCAAGAAUCUCUGCAUUCAGAUGACCACAGGAGCCUUCAUAGCUGGAAACCUGCAUUCCAUGAUUCAUGUAGGGUUUCUAUUUAGGUUGGUAUUCUGUGGAUUGAAUCAUAUCAAUCAUUUCUAUUGUGAUAUUCUGCCCUUGUAUAGACUCUCCUAUGUUGAUCCUUAUGUCAAUGAACUGAUACUAUUCAUCUUUUCAGGCUCAAUUCAAGUCUUCACCAUAGGCAGUGUUUUAAUAUCUUAUCUCUAUAUCCUUUUCACUAUUUUCAAAAUGAAAUCCAAAGAGGGAAGGGUCAAAGCCUUUUCUACCUGUGCUUCUCAUUUUUUGUCUGUUUCAUUAUUCUAUGGAUCUCUUUUCUUCAUGUACAUUAGACCAAAUUUGCUUGAAGAAGGAGCUAGAGAUAUACCAGCUGCGAUUUUGUUUACAGUAGUAGUUCCCUUACUAAAUCCUUUCAUUUAUAGCCUGAGAAAUAAAAAGGUAAAAAGUGUCUUGAGAAAAGUUUUGAUAAAAGAAAAUCUCAAGAAAAAAGUGAAUCAAAUGACAUCUACCAUAGCUUAA